AUGGUCAGGCGAUCCUAUGUGUGUGGAAGAAACGGUCUCGACGCCUCCAGCUGGAGUGCAAAACAAGUAAUAGGACCCCCUAAUGUCUAUCCUCAGUAUCUAGACAGUCCUUCGGCUUGGAGUAUUGGAAAAAAUAAACUUAACUCCAGAACAGAAUUUCUUGAGCUGGUAUUCACCAAACCAGUCAUCGUUAAACGAGUCGACAUUUAUGAGACCUUCAACUCGGGCUCCGUGACGUCACUUGAAGGUCUGCAUUUGUUAGACGACAACUGGGUUAUCUUGUGGUCGACGGUUCGAGCUCAACAUAUUAAAGCAGCAAGGAUAUUUAGUCCACAACUUAACGUCACAAACGUAUUUACUAACGUCAUUCGAAUCAACAUGGAUGCAUCCGUCUCGCAAAGUUAUGUGGAGAUUGACGCUGUUCAACUGGUGGGAACUUGAACUAAAACAACCAAUUUCUGAAUGACGUUCGGAAAUACGACGAUAUCCAACACUUAUUCUACUCUUUAAUGUCAACAUGUUUUCAUGAAUUUAAGCUUGUUUUAGCUUGAAACA